ACAGCCACAGCAUGGAGGAGCAGCUCCUUAAUCCGCACUACAACCAAUCCAAAUUUUCUCCAGAUCGAUAUAUGAUGAUGCUAAACCGAGACCAAGAUAGAGAGAGAGGGCUGCCCCUUUGUUGGCUCUUCGAGGCAAAAGCACUCAUAGGAAUGGUGCUAAUUCCCAUGUUCCUUCUAGUCUCGUUUGGUUUCGAGAGCCUCCCCCUCCCCGUCCUUACUCGUCUUUUGAAAGCCGUCAUCCUGGAUUUUUUUUCGUAUGCCGGGUAAAGUUCCUCACCUUUCCAUAUCUAUAUAAAUUAUUCCAUUUUUCCUCGGGUCUCUCUAUAAAACAGAAUGAAAAGCCCGGGUGGAAGCACAAACAAAAAGAGAGAGGAAAAGUCAAAAGGGGGGAAGAAGUCUAGUGCUAGUUCUUACUGAAACUUCUUUAUCUAACUUUCAUUUUUGAGUGGUUUCUUUGUUCUCUUAUUUGGAGAAAGACAAAACUUCCCUUUCUUCCUCUUCUUUCUUUUUUCUUUCUUCGACGAAUUUCGGUUAUGACCAAUGCCCCACUAGCUGAAUAGGCGUAAGAAAGCUACCUGAAAAAAGGCAAGGGUCCGAAGGAGACGAAUUGCCUUUUGCCAGAGAGAUUUUUUUAGAAAUUGGAUAAAGAAUUCAAAAAUAGAAAGAAUCUAAAUAAAGGGCCGAAGGGAAGGGGGCCCACUACUUCUUCAUUCAGGGGGGAGACUAGCCUCAUUACUUCCCACUGGGCGAGAGGUGGACCUAAGCCACCUACCCACUCAUCAAUCACGGUCUUCAGCUGACUUGCACUGAUAGACCCCUAUUGUAUUGGAAUUAGGCGCCCAUCUUUUUACUGUUGUCAACUAAUCUCUUCAAUCUUCGAUUCUACUCUAUGUUAGAACAUUUCUGUGAAUGCUAUUCUGAUCUAAGUGGUCCUAUUCUAUGUCCCGUGCUAGGAAGCAUUACUCCUCUUUUCAUUCCAAAUUCAAGAAUACGACCGAUACGAUUGAUUGGUCUGUGUGCCUCUCUUAUUACUUUUUUGUAUUCCCCUGUUCUUCGGAUACAAUUCGAUCCUUCUACGGCCAAAUCUCAAUUUGUGGAAAGCCUUCGAUGGCUUCCUUAUGAGAACAUAAAUUUUUAUUUGGGUAUAGACGGUAUCUCUUUAUUCUUCGUGAUAUUGACCACAUUUCUGAUCCCUAUUUGCAUUUCAGUGGGUUGGUCUGGUAUGAGAAGUUAUGGGAAAGAGUAUAUUACAGCAUCUCUAAUUCGUGAAUUUCUAAUGAUCGCCGUGUUCCGCAUGCUGGAUCCUCUACUAUUCUAUGUUCUUCCCGAAAGCGUGCUAAUCCCUAUGUUGUGCGGAGCUGAGCAUCUUCUAUUCGCUGGGAUAAAGCUUUUCCUCUGCAGGGGCCUUGUGCAGUAAACCCCCUACGGGCGGUCGUCCGUCGUCGUAAAGUAGUCGCCGCGAAGCUUUCGGGAAGAGGGGUAGUCUUGUGUGUAAGCAUAGCAUUUCUGGUCGAACCCGCCCAACCCAACAAAGAAGAACCGAACCUGACAGACACAUCUUUUUCCUUUUGGGAGGGUACUCCGAGUAGUGGGUACCUCGUAGGACCUCGACCCGCCUACUCGGGUCUUGUAUGGAUAUGCAGGAAGGGGUGCUCCUAGGUAGGUGUAGGGGUUGUGUUUGUUCGCGAGAAUGGAUUCCUCGUCAAGUCAGUUUGGGGGGUGUGGACACACUUGCGCGAAUUCGGGUAACGGCUACAAGGGAGAAAUCGAAAGGAAACUGUACCCGACCAGGGAUGGACGUAAACUCGUAAGCUACCGAGGGUAGGGAUAAUCGUCCAGGUCUUAUUGUGAAACAAAAAAGCGCCCCGCCACAGCAGGCGGGUUGGUUCCUCUGUCGUCGCCGGGGAGCUCUUGGCGAGGAGACCUUAGGAUAAGUUGCUAAAACAAAGGGGAGGGGAGGAUCGACCCGUUCAGUAAAAUUCCGAAGAAAGACUGUUGGCAGCAGGUGGAGACCCUUCUUUUCUUUGGCCCUCUUCAAAAGGAAAUGCGGGGGCGGGCUCGGCAGAGGGUUCGAGAAUAGGGUAGGGUCCUGUCCUUAAGAUUCAGAUAAAAAAAGAGUUCCAAACCUUUAUGCAUGCACCUCCGUAUAAGUGCUGCGUACAAGUUCCGGCCAGGAAAAUUGGGAAAGAUCAAACCAAUUUGAACCGCUCACAUCACAGUAGUAGUAGCGUAAAGGCCGUAAGUCGGGGGGUGGCCAAAACAUAAGGCUAUUACUUUCACAUCUCCCUCUCUCUAUCUAUAGAUAGAGAUAGAUACUAUGCAUGAGCAACCCGACUGUGCGUUACAUGUGCUCUACAGGCCGCACUCUAUCUUUCUUCCCAACGAGCCCAUUUUUUCUUUUGAUUUGGAAGACGGGCCUUGCGUUCGGUUCGAAAGGCAUGGUUUUCAGUAUGUCUCCAGAUAGGGCCCCCACUAGUCCGGCUAGCUAGUGAGCGGUUCUUUCGGGCGAGAAGCAGGCCGGGCCCUACGGGCGGGCAUCUCCCGCAACGCAAGCUGCAUUGUUCGCCACCACCCGAGAAGCAAAAGAUUCGAGAGUCCCAGGCUGAAAAUACAUGCAUAGAUAGUGGUCUAAUGACAAGGGCCGACGACGGAAGCUCGGGACGGAGCCGUAUGAUGCGGAAGUCUCACGUACGGUUCCCUGAGAAGGGAGUGGCUACCUACUGGAGCUUCGACCAACCACCACCGGUCAAUUCCGCUUUGGGGCCACCCCUUACUCUAC